AUGCAGCCAUUGCAACGCCCAAAGCUCGAAAGGUGUCAGGGUGAAAUCGAGCCUGGAAGCGCCAGCUGCAGACAAAAAACCCCUUGGAUGACGAAACGACUUGACAUGACAUCUUCUUUGUUGAUCAUGCAGUCGGGCAAGCCCGAACCUCAGUCAGCACCCAGAACCCGCUGCAUGAAGGGCCGCCAUUCGACCACGUCUAGGACACCACAGCCUUGGAGGGCAGCCUGGAAAACUGCCCCCGGCCAACGUCGUAUUGGCACGGCUCGGGUCGUUUUUAGCGCCCUCCACGGCGAGUGUGGGUCUCAGAUCCCUGACGACAUAUAUUCGUGUCCGUACUCCGUCCUCCUGAACAUUGGCGUGGACCUACACGUACUGCAGGGCUGCUCGAACCCGUGCCCCCUCCAAUAUUGGGUCCGGACCACUGAGAUUCUCGGUCGCCCAGCGGACGCCAACGGUACCAACGGUACCAACGGUUUCUGGUACUGGCUUCGCGGCUACAGACUCAUUACGAAGACCCCAGAGAAAGGCGUCCAAGUCACACACAUCAAACCAACUGUCUCUUCCGUUUUCUUGCUUUAUUCAUCGCAAACUCCCAAACCACUUUUCCAUUCUCUUCGGCCUCCUCUUUUAACAGGCCACGCGUCAGAACCAUCAUCGGCGAACCGCUACUCCGCUACUGUAACAGAAAUCCCGCCCCCGAACCUCCCACCUCCCACCUCAUCGGCUCGGAUAAUUUGUGCCGUUUCUCGCAAUCAAUCGAACCAACCGACUCCAUCACCUGCACCCGUGCAUAAUACAUUACCUUCGUCCAUUCUCCCGGAACUCUUCCAUAUCAACUCUUGUGCAUCGCAGUCAGCUAUCCGAGUCGAGUUGAGACCAAGUCCGGCAAACGAGCUUCCAUACGAAAACCUCCCUCUUGCUGUUGUUGCGCUACAACGGCAAAGCCAACUAACUGCAUCGUAUCGCAUCGUCCGCAUCAACUUCCCUCACUGGACCCUCACCUUCAACGCCCCCUCUUUUUCCUCCUCUGGCGCUAGGUCCCGCUCCCAACCCCACCCGAGAGCCCAAGACGGGUCACCUCCUCGGCCUAGCCCUGGGAGUCUGGGAAGCUGGGACCGUCCCUCACCUCACCCUUCCGACUCGAUCGACUGCAAGAAAAGAAGGGACAGAGAAAAGGGAAGCAUCUCUUUGUUUCGCUGUCAUCGUUUCGUACUCACUACCCAACCCAGCGACCGUCGUGUCAAGCUCGACCUGAAGCAUCAUCGAUCAACCUUGUUAUCUAUCUCGAAUCCCUUCGGAGAUUUCUAA